AUGAAUUGUCAUACGAUACCUAAGAUGGACCAUGAUUCUACUAGACCUCGGUCGAUUAUUAUACAGUUACAAAGUCCAAGACUUCGUGAUGGGUUACUGACCGCGGAUAAGAAAUACAACAAACUACAUAAAGCUGAGAAGCUGCACAGUGGACAUUUAGGCUUGGGUGACCCCAGGCAAGCUGCAAACAGGCAAUUGCAUGCUGUUACAAGAGUUGCAGCCAGAGAAGAUAAAUUCGUCUAG